GAUGCUGGCUGACUUCCACAAUCAGGCCUCACUUCCGACAGGUGUGCUGACCGCUGUGCCCACCUACUCUUCCUUCAAAAUGAUGUUGCAAAGGUUUGGUGUAGCCGUUGUUCCCUACUACCUAGAUGAGGAGCAGGGUUGGGCAAUGGAGGUGGAGGAGCUACGCAGAGCAUUACAGGCCUCUAAGGGUGUCUGCAACACAGUUGCCCUGUAUGUCAUCAACCCGGGGAAUCCUACAGGUCAUGUUCAGAGCAGGAAGUGUAUUGAAAAGGUGAUCCGAUUCGCUGCUGAGGAGAGACUCUUCCUCAUGGCUGAUGAGGUGUAUCAGGAAAGUGUGUUCAGGGAGGGCAGUGAGUUUGUCUCCUAUAAGAAGGUUCUGUCUGAGAUGGGGCCUCCGCUCUCUCACACAGUGGAGCUGGCCUCUUUCCACUCAGCAUCCAAAGGCUUCAUGGGAGAGUGUGGGCUUCGCGGGGGGUAUGUGGAGCUGGUGAACCUUGACCCCGCCGUCAUGAGGUACGCCUACACCCUCUUUUCCACUGACAUCUGUGCCCCUGUGACUGGUCAGCUAGCCCUGGAGCUCAUGGCUAACCCUCCCAGGCCAGGGGACCCCUCAUACCCGGUCUAUGCCCAGGAGACCCAGUCUAUCCGGGCCAUGCUGGUCCAUAACAUGAACUGGGUCCCAGAGUUUCUGAACAAUAUCCCAGGGAUCAGCUGUCAGCCGAUGAUGGGAGGAGCUUUCGUAUUUCCCCGGCUGUAUCUACCCCAAGCAGCCAUUGAGAAGGCCAAGGUGGUGGGGAUGCAGCCUGACCUGUGGUACUGUAAACGGUUACUAGAGGAGGCAGGAGUGUGUGUGGGACCGGGGUGUGAGUAUGGACAGAAGGAAGGCACCCACCACAUCAGACUGUUUGUCAUGACCCCAGUGGAGACCAUGGAAGAGGUACUGAAACGCCUGAAGAACUUCCACCUGCACUUCCUCAAGGAGUUCUCCUGAAAAUUGGCUUAACCUUACAGCCCAAAGAUGAAUAAUACAUUUAACUUCAGACACAAUCACAGUACAGAGAAGAAAAGUGCAACCAGUAACAUUGUUUAACAUCUUUAUCAUUCAACAGACCAUAU